UCCUUUUUCAAAAUCCUGUCUCAACCACAAGCAAGCCAGCACUACCUGGCCAGAUGACCAGAUGCUCGAUCAGACGAUCGUCAAUGAUUGCCCCUGAGGCUCGCCGCAGAGGAGGGGAGAGGUUUCCAGACGAUGAGGACAUCAGGGGGCUGUAUAAGAGCGACAGCUACAUUUACACGUACUCGAACAGGAGCCUCGCUACUGACGACACUUUGCUGAGGGUUAGUCGUGACCAGCACUCUUUCCGGUUUCAUAAAAAUGCGGGCACAAACAUCACGAUCUGCGACAACAACACAACAGCCAAGACCAAAAUCCCUGGAACUGUGGGACAUGGAUUACUUUUUUCUUGUCAGCCCAUGAGACUUGGCUACCUGUACGAGGUGCGCGUGAAACACGUCAUGUCUGAAAAGGGCUCCGAGAUGUCGGUGGGCGUGUGCUUCCGGGAUCCCGACUACAUCACUGUGCCCGCCUACGCCAGCAGCAUCAACCGCAACACCGGCGUCAUCCUCUCCCAUCGACAGUGCGACGGAGAGACAAACUGCAACGACCCCAGACGUCGGCUUGUGGACAUCCCUGAUGGGCAACGUGUCGGGAUGCUGGUGGACUCGCAGCUGUGGUUGCACUUGUACAUCAAUGGUGUGGACUGUGGGCCGCUCACACAACUCAACCAUACCUUCUUCUUCGCUAUGUUUGAGCUGUACUGUGGAGUUGAAGAGGUGUACUCUCUUCCUGUUCAAGAGGAACCCUAGACACCAGCUCAUUUCUAAUUGUCAGCUAAAAAAAAACGAGAGGUGGGUGCAGGAAAGACCUGGCUGGCAGCCACACGCUCUUCUUUCAGGGAUGAGAGACAGCGUGCAAAGACAGCCUCACCUGUGACAGCACAAGACCAUAAAGCACUGCAGUGUAACAAGAGAUCCAUGAAUAUGUGUGUGUGCACGCAUGAGGAUGUAAAUGUGUUUGCUGGCUUCACUAUUUCUAGCCAAUCCAGUAAUCACAUGAUGCACAAUCAGUCCGAGACUGAUGAUAAAAAAAAAGCUAGUGAUUGAAAAUUUAUAUGCAUACUGUUUUCUGUUUUCAUACUGUUAUCUGAUGUCAAUCCUAGAUGUAAUAAAACAAAGAUUUAACAUG